CCUAACAAGAGAAGAGAGAAUUUUCAAAGAUUUUGGAUGCUAAUUAGUUGAGGAUUAGUGGAUAUAUAUAUAUAUAUAGUUAUUAUGGCAAAUUUGCAAAUAGUUCCAGCUUACAGAAAUAAUGUGGAAGCUCAAUAUGUGGAGAUGAUGGUGCCACUUUAUUCUUAUGGAUGUGAGAAGAAAAUAAAGAAGUCCUUAUCUCAUCUCAAAGGAAUAUACUCAGUUAAUGUGGAUUAUAAUCAACAGAAGGUAACAGUUUGGGGAAUAUGUAACAAAUAUGAUGUGCUAACAACUGUAAAGAGCAAGAGAAAAGAAGCAAGAUUUUGGAACCCUAACGAAAACAUUGACUUUUUGGAAGAGUCAAAGCCAGAACCAUCAAAAUCUUCUUCUUCUUCUUCUUCAAACCAUGACUACAUCUCCACCAUAUCAAUGUCCAAACCUUCUUUGGCUCUCACUAGGGUUCGCUCAUUCAGUUGGAAAGCAAUGAAAAAAGUAUUCACAAGAUCCCACUCCUUUUGAUCAUCAUAACAAUAUAAUAUGUGGUUUGAAAAUGAGUUUUUUGAGAAAGAAUUUAAAAAAAAAGACUAUGAAUGAGUGUAAAUUUGGCCAAUGAAUGGACUUGAUCUCUAUCUUAGUUUGUACAUAUUUUUGUUCAAUUAUUCAAGCAUGUGUUAAUUA